GAAUGAGGGAGGGAUCAUGAGGUACACUGCAGAGACAACUGAUGCCGAGGCAACAGACCCGGGACUUCUGAAGAAGCAUUCAGAAUUAAAGUCGUUCAAGACCACCCAAUCCGAAUACUCUAACGUCCGCGUAUUCUUCCGAAAACAUCCACAAGCCGACAAGCUCCCCAAGCCUCCUUUACCGUUACUUGUAUUUAUCCACGGCCUUGGUGGGUCGUCUGCGCAAUUCGCGAGCCUCCUCACUUCUUUAGUGAACCUAUCUUCUUGUUUGGCAAUAGAUUUGCCUGGAUGUGGAAGGAGUGCAUAUGAGAUAACUUCUUGGAAUGCCUAUACCACGGAUGCUCUUGUAGAAUUACUUGAAGUCAUCGUCGGCGAAUAUCGUGAGAAGGACCAAAAUGUUGUACUUCUUGGACAUUCGAUGGGGGCCUCGCUAGCAGCUCUCUUGGCGACAAAGGAAACCUUAAAUGCUACCGUGGUGGGUUUGGUGGCGAUUUGUCCCAAGGCGGAGCCUCCCAGCGAGAAGCAAGUGUCUACGUUCAGGAAGCUUCUUUGGGUACCCAAUUCCGUGUUCGAUCUCUGGAGGCAGUGGGAUCGACGCGGCGGAACCGAGAGUUCGAGUGUUCGUCGGUUUGUGGGUGAAGACGCCAGUUACGAGUGCAGGAAAAUGCAAUUCCGAUUUAAUGAGCAAUCGAGGACCGCGGUCUGGAGAAGGAUGGCUGCCGGUAGUCUUCCAACCUUCGGAAACCACAUUUCGAACGGGGGUCUUCCUGGAAAAGACGUGUGGGCGGCACUUAAAGUUCCGGUAUUCUUGGUUGGCGGUGAAAUGGAUAACAUCACAAAACCUGCCGAGUUGGACAAGAUAGCCAAAUUUCUUGGAAAGUCUCACCCAGAUCAAAUCGAGGUUGACAAGGACAGCCAGCCAGUUAAUGACUCCGCCGCUCCAGUUCCGGUCCCCUCUGCCAACGGCAAGGCGUCUCCCAGGCCGAUUGAAUCCAUUCGGGAAAAAGAGUUUAUCGAGCCCGAUCCGGAGACAUCGGAAUCGCACGAGGAUCCAUCCACUCCGAACGAGGAGCCCUCUGUCAUUCCUCCGCAGCUAGCGAAGCCUAGUAAAGUCCUCAAACGAAUUGUUCUGCCCGCUCCAGCCACACACGCGCUUCUGUACCAACCGACCGAGGUUCGUGUUCUUGCGGGACUGAUAUCGGAUUUUCUAUCUAGCCAGAUAUCCCCACGGCUUGGCCUUGGCUGGCAAUUGCAAUUUUUGGCGCAGAAUUCCAAAUGGGAUGUCAAAAAUCUUGCGAAGUGGCAGAAGGUGGCACCUGUGUCUGAUCUCAUAGCCAGCACUUUCAGAGCCAUGAAGACUCUUCGAGAGGUCGAUGACACCCACUGCCCUGAGAUAUUUGUGAAGAAAUGGGGCUCCACCAUUAAGGACGUGAUAGAUAUCAGUCACGAUAGCCCUGUUUAUGACUCUCGCGGGCUCGAAUGCGGCGGCAUACAUUAUCACAAAUUCCCAACCAUCAGCAAGAUCCCUCCCUCAGCUGAGGAGGUGGAAGGGUUCAUAGCUCUUGUGGAUCGGCUAAGAGAAGAGCAGAAAAACAGAGCGGUAGUAGAGGAGUGGGGUGACCACUGCAUCGGAGUCCACUGCCACUAUGGAUUCAACAGGACUGGAUUCUUCAUCGUAUGCUACCUCGUAGAACGACUUGGCUACGACGUGCAGGCCGCUAUCGACGAAUUCGCGAAGCAGAGACCGAACGGCAUAAAGCAUGCUCAUUUCAUCGACGGGCUUUUCGUCCGGUACUGCAAGGGAUUAAAGAGGGCGCCGACUAUGUGACAUUCUUAUGAUGACAUGAUUAGAUGAAGUUUGUACAAUAAUAUUGGAUCGAUGGCUCUUGUGAGAAUAUAUUUGGAUACCCGCCA